AACACCUGCAAGUGCCAGAGCGGAGUAUGGUAUUAGAGGAAGCAUACUGAAUCCUGACUACGACUGACAGAUGAUGGCGCGGCCGGUGAUCUCCCCCCUGGCUAUUGAAGCCACGGCCCCCGAGACCUUCUCCGUCCUGCAGCAGAGGAUGCGGGUAGCCGAGGAGCAGGCAGAAUCACUGAUCAGUGACCUACAGGCGUUGGGGAUGAAGAGCCGCGGCUUGGAUCAUGAGUGUCACGAGUCUUCUGAUGUCCUUCGCCCUAUCAGUCCUGUGAAGGCACGGCCAGCGUUCGGGGGAGACGGUGACACUUUGUGGAGGAAUUGUGAAAAUCUGGUAAACCGCAUGUGUCGUAUGGAGAGCAUCAUGCAGACUCUAAAACUUGGAGUCUUCCGACUCCAUACAGAGAGGAAGCUAAACCCCAAACAAUCCGAUGAAAUGGAACAACAUUUAAGUGAGGUGCAGGAGGAGCAUGCCCGAGAGCUCAGAGAAGCGCAGCUAGAAGUGAUGAGACUGCGUCAGCGGCUUAAUAAUGAGAUCGAAGAACGAGAGAGUGCAGAGGAAGCGAAAGAGAGGCUGAGCGCUGCCUUGGAGAUUGCAACCGCAACUAAGACAGAUGUGGCAAUUGCUGCUGAGAAGAUGAAAGAAGCAAAGUUUCACAUGAAGCAAAGAGUGGCCGUGUUACAGGAGAAGCUGUCUCGGGAGGCUGCUUUACGUGGGUUGUUGGAGGAGGAACAGGCUGACAUGCUUAGAAGAGUGGAGGACAUGAAGCAGGUGGUGGAUCAGGAGCGGGCACAGGUACAAGAACUGCAGCAGUGCUGUCAGACAAUGCGCAGAGAGGGACAGGAGCUGAAAAGCAAACUACAGGAGGAAGAGCUGAGGAGACGACAACUAGAGGAGGACAACUUGAAACUGCAAACCGAGCUGCAGGCCAGAGACUUGGUAAUCGGCCAAUUGCAAGAUGAAGCCAAGAACAUUCAGAGUACGCAUGGUGCAGAGCAGGCAGAGUUUGCCCAGGUCAGAACUGAUCUUGUGACCCUUCAAGAAGCAGCAGAAAAAGUUCAGUCUCUAAACCAGCAGCUGGAAGGCCAGUGUUCAGAGCUAACUACAGCUGUACAAAGACUAACCGCAGAAAAUUCCCGGCUCCUUACACAACAUCAACAAGCGCUCAAGGCACUGAAGGACACCAUGGAACAGAAGCUACAGGAGCAGGAGUUAUUGCACAGUGCAACCCAGGCUGGCCUGACGGAAGAGCUGCAAAGGUUACAAAGCCUCCGAACACAGCUGGAGAGGGAUUUAGAGUCACUGCGCGCCGAGCACACGGAGUGCCAGAAGAAAGCCAUUCACGCGAAACAAAAAUUUGCUGUGCAGAAGGAGGUACAAGACUCGACCAUUGCUCGUCUGAGAGGGGACCUGGACUUGGCGCUCAGAGAGAAAGCUGCGUUGGAGAGUGUGAAGGCUUCCAUGGAGGAAGAGAUGUUUAAAGCACAGGGUGAUUUUCAAGAGAAGAUUCAAAACCUGGAGAUUGAGUUGACUGAGAAUAAGCUGGAGCUGGGGUCCGUGCAAUGCACUCUGCUGGCCCAGGAGAAGGAGAACAGAAGGCUCAUGGAGUGCGUGGCUUUACUGGAGCAGGAAAAGCAAGCUCACUGUCAGGUGGAAGUGUUACUGGCCGAACUAAUGGAAAGCAAGAAUAAGCUGGCAUAUGAAAAAGGAAAGCUGCAGAGUACUAUAGAGCAAUUGAAAUCUGAGCUACAGACUGUCUGUGAUGCUAAGACUGAAAACUCCCAGCUCCGCAAACUCAAUGCUGCCCUUGAGUCAAAACACGCACAGCUAAAUACAGAACUUGGCUCCUGUCGCAUUCAUCUCCAGAUGACACAAUCCAAACUCCACCAGGCGCAGACAUUGUUACUUCAUAAGGAGGAAGACCUAUUAAUGGCAGUCAAGGCCAGGGAUGAGGCCCUGAAUGAGGAAAAAAGACUAGCUGAACUAAUAGAAGUUGCAGAAGAGAAAGAUGAUCAGAAUAAAACAGCAAUGCAGAAGCAAUUAUGUGAAGUCCGAGAGGAAAGGAACAGACUGUCCAGUACCCUGGAGAACAUUGUGUCCUCACACACACAACUCCAGAGAGACCUAGAAAAGCUGCAGACGGAACUUGGACGCAGAGAUUCUGACAUUUGUGCGCUUCGCAGAGAGAGAGAUCACAACCAAAAGGUCAUAAAGAAGCUGGAGGCUGAGCUCUCUGAGCGUGAGAUGCAGCUACAGUCUGCUCACUCCCACAAACAUGCACAGGUUGAAUCUCUCCGGCGAGCAGUUGAGGUGGCACGAGGGGAUAAUAAGAAGCUGGCACAUGCUUUGGAGCAGACUCUGCAUCAGAACUCUAGUCUUAAGGAUCAUGCUGCGAAGCUGGAGAACGAGUUGAAAAGCAAAGAGGUUCAGGAACAUGAACUGCAAAUAAUAAGGACACAGGCUGAGGAAGACAUACGAGUGCAAGAGCUACAAUGUAGUGAGAGAAUUGCCUCUCUGAAGAAGCAACACCAGACAGAGUACAAAGAAUUUAAGAAAGGAGCACGAAAGGAACUGGCUGAGGUAAAGAAAGCUCUAGAUAUUGCCACAUUGAAAUCAGCAGAACUUUCCCGUGCAAACAGAGAACUGCGUGCCAACCUGUCAGAACAAGAGAAAACCGUGCUGCAUCAAAAGAGCGUGAUCCUCGGUCUAAAAACACAGCUCAAAGCUCGUCUCGAGAGUAAAGCGACCAACAGGCAAACUGAGAAGUUACAAGAGCUAGAGGCUGAGCUGAAACACAUGGAGCAAGUGAAGGAAGACUAUGAGAAACACAAUAAGGAGCAGUCUGAGCACAUUGCAAAGUUUAUGGCUGAAGUAAGUGACCUGCGCAGAGCCAUAGCAGCUGCAUCGCAGAACACACAUGAGAAUGUCUUAAGGAGUCAGCUGGAGGAGGAGAGCCAGCUCAGGGAACAGCUGGAGGAGAGAUACAAGGAGCUGCAAAAGAGAGUACGAGAGCUGCAGCAAGAGAAGGAAGCCGCCAAACUAAAACUGAGAGAAGCUAGCGAGGAGUCUGAACAAAUCAGCAUUAGUUUGGAGGAGGCCCACAACUGGUUUCAGACCCAUUUUGAUGUACUUCUUUUGGAGAGUCCAAACACACAAAAGAGCAAAAGACAAUCUUCAGUCACGAGGGCUCAGGAGGCUUUUUCAAGAGAAAACUAUACGGAAUACCCACGUGACCUCCCUAACUCUACCGUGAACCGUUUAGAGACUAAGCAGAAACUAAAAUUAAUCUCUAGAAACUAUCGCUCAAAAGAGGCAACGAGCUUAAGUCUAGAGCCGGAAUCUGGCAAACAGUCCUAGUGGUGACAGCCUCUUCGUACCGAAAUCAAUAAUCGCACAAGCUGUCGCUGAGACAUAUCUACCUAUGCACAGCGAGUCAUUUGCUGUUCAUACAAACAGUUAGCAGCGGUAAGCAUUGAUCGGUAAAUGUUAUGAAUGUUUUGGGUGAACAACACAGCAGCACUUUGCCGGAAGAUAAGUAUGUCCAAACACAUACAGAGCAAGGUAGCCUAUUCAGAAUUGGGUUUUCAACAUCUUAUUUAAAAGAAAACAAAAAAAAAAAACCCAUGUAAUAUGUGUGCAAUCACUGUUUAGUUUUAAAUGCACCAUACCGUGGUGUGUCGGAAUUAUGUAUAUAUUGGAGAUUGUCAUUCGGAGUGGAUUAACUGGACUAAAUCCUGGAUAUGAUUUUCGAUGUUCCUGGUUUCCCUGGUUGCUUCCUCUCAC